AGAUCUGUUCCUCUGAACUUGUGGGAGGAGCAUCUGGAUCACUGCCACACUUCAGCAACCUAGUGUUGUUCACUUCCAUGGAGAAUCGGUCCAUCUGGGCCUGCAAAACACAGCGGAAAACCGGCCCCCGCGGCUUAGCUUAGCGCUUGUGCUGUUCGACCGUUGAUUGUCAGUUAGAGGAACCGGAGCAGGGACAGAGGGAGAUCCGAGAGGAAAACAGACCGCUGCUGCUGCUGCGUUACAGGGGAGUGACCGACAGUGAUGAUGGCGUCUCUCAGUAACACCGGCAGCGCCUCCAGCCCGAUGGUCAUGCUCGCCCCCAAAACCAAGACCAAAAAGAAACAUUUCGUGCAGCAGAAGGUGAAAGUGUUCAGGGCGAGCGACCCGAUGCUCAGCGUGUUCAUGUGGGGCGUUAAUCAUUCGAUAAAUGAUUUAAAUCAAGUUCCAGUGCCCGUCAUGCUGCUCCCUGACGACUUCAAAGCCAACACCAAAAUUAAAGUGAACAACCAUCUCUUCAACAAGGAGAAUCUUCCAGGCCACUUUAAAUUUAAGGAGUACUGUCCACAAGUUUUCAGGAACCUCAGGGAGCGAUUUGGAAUUGAAGAUCUUGACUACCAGGUGUCCCUGGCCCGCAGUGCGCCCAUGAAAGGCGAUGGACAGGGAGAAGGUCUUCUCUUCACGUCCUAUGACCGUACGCUGAUAGUGAAGCACAUCUCCAGUGAAGAAGUAGCCGACAUGCACAACAUUCUGUCCGAGUAUCACCAGCAUAUAGUGAAGUGUCAUGGCAGUACACUUCUCCCUCAGUUUCUGGGCAUGUACCGCGUUACGGUGGAGAGUGAGGACACGUACCUGAUCGUCAUGAGGAACAUGUUCAGCCACAGACUCGUUGUCCACAGGAAAUACGAUCUGAAGGGAUCCCUGGUUGAUCGUGAGGCCAGUGACAAAGAGAAGGUAAAAGAGCUCCCCACUUUUAAAGAUGUGGAUUUCAGAAAUAACCUGCAGAAGGUGUAUGUGACAGAGGAACAGAAAGAGAAGAUUAUGGAGAAGCUAAACCGAGAUGUAGAGUUCCUGGUGAAGCUGAAGAUAAUGGACUACAGCCUGUUGCUGGGCAUCCAUGACGUGGCCCGUGGCGAGCGGGACGAUGAGGAUGCCGAGGAGCCCUGCUGUGAAGAUGAUGCUGAUCCCGAGAACGGCCUUGCUCCGGCUGCACAGGUCGGCUCUUACGGCACGUCGCCAGAGGGCAUCGCCGGUUACAUGAACUCCUUCAAACCCCUGGGCCCUGGAGAAUUUGACCCUUACGUUGAUGUAUACGCUGUCAAAAGCGCGACAGGAGCGCCACACAGGGAGGUGUAUUUCAUGGGCCUCAUUGACGUGUUGACACAGUACGACACUAAGAAGAAAGCUGCCCACGCGGCAAAGACCGUUAAACAUGGCGCUGGUGCUGAAAUAUCUACGGUUCAUCCAGAGCAGUAUGCCAAACGAUUCCGGGAAUUCAUCUCCAACAUUUUUGCGUAACCACCUCUGGGUGCCCUUAUCCACACUUAUCACAAGGAUGAAAUAUGCACCGGACAUGUUCUUCACAGGCUUUGUCAGAUUCACUCUACAUGUUUCUGCAGUUUCUAUCUACUGUCGUCAUAUUGAUUAGUUGAUAUCUUUUAGCGCCUGUUGGCUGUGCUUCAUAUUUUCAUAUAGUUUCAUAACACGAUAUUUAAGCAUGACAUGUUGACGGGAACUUCACAUUCUCAUCCACACUACAUCUACUUUCAUUAAGUGCAUCUUCACAAAUUAAUAGAACUAGAUUCACACGAAUCACAACCCAUGUGACACAACCCACAAACAUGGGAACAUUGCCUAAUCUUUUAAGGAGAUAUGACUCCAAACCUGUAGCAGUGACAUAACUUGUUCUUGGUGUGCUCUCUCUCUCUCCCUCUCUCUCUCUCUCUUUGGACUUUGGAUUGGCAGAGAGAGAAUCCACCGCCUUAACCAUUUGCUGAACCGAUUCUGGAGGAAUAGCAGAAACUCAUGUUGUCUGAUGCUUAAAGUGCAUGCUAGCUUCACUUGAUAUGCAGCACUAGAAUGUUGUGAGGAGGGAAACAAGAUACUUUGUAAAAAAAAUAAAGAAAAAAAUAAAAAAGACCAGCUGGGGACCCUAAGUGUACAGUAAGGGUCUAGAUUAAAGUUAAAUUAUGAAUUGAAUGCUGACUGUUUGUAUGAACGGAUGGAGCACACACUAUUAUUUUCUCUUAUUUGAGCUAUUUUAUGCAGUUAGCCUUAAUGCCGAAAAGAGGAAUUUUGUAGUUUGUAGUAGAAAUACUUUAGCAACACAGAGCUGAUUUAGUAUAAAAAAAAUGCCUUAUUGUUGCAUUUUAUUUAUUUUGCAAAUCAGUGUUUGGACCAAAUAUAUUUUUCAGAGAUUUCCAAAAA